UAUGGCAGGGAAUGGACGGGUUGAGAAAAAAGCAUGUCGGGUUUCGGAUCGGAAAAAGUCCGGGUUUCUGGUCGGUAUAGUUAGGGGAAUUGGGAUUAAGAGGGGAACAUUCCGGAUUUCGAUUAAGUGUUUCAAGUCUAAAAAUUGGAAACAGGACAGUAAUAUAGCAGGGAUGGGACGGGCUGAGAAAAACAUGUUAGGUUGAUAGUACAGGUUCCUGACGGUAUAGUUAGGGGGAUUAAGAGGGAAAAAUUCCGGGUUUCGGUUAACCAGACGGACAUACAGCCUUAACCUACUACAUACGUAAGAAACUUCUAACAAAGUAGCUUUUUGGUACCGCAACGCAGCUCGACA